AUGUCGACCUAUGAGGAGGAACAUAACACCUCAGGAAACUCUAAUUCCAGAAGGGAUUUGAGGGCGCAAAUCCGAAACCUAUAUCAAGAGGAUGGGAGUUCAACCGCUCUACUGCAACUACUCGCACAACUAAUUCCCGAGUCUAUGCAAGAGGAGCUUUUGAAUGAAAAAGAAGAGGGCUGUCCCGAGACUUUUAUAGAUUCGCUACCUCGAGUUAAUAAGUGCGAUCUGAAAGGCGCCGACGCCUGCAGCAUAUGCUGUUGUGGUUACCUAGAUGAUACACACCCACUUGUAGUUAAACUUCCUCAUUGCAGCCACCGCUUCGAUUUGGAGUGCGUAGCGGUAUGGCUAUCUAAAAGUCGAACUUGUCCCCUGUGUCGUGACGACGUUCUCUCGCACAAGCCAAAAGUUGACAUCAGCAAUGUGGAGCUGGAGGAAGACUGGGGAAUGUAUGGGUAG